AUGUUCGGGAAUCCCCGAUGGAAUACAUAUAAUCUAUUUGCGAUCUCAAUAGGUGUACUUGCUCUGUUUUCUUUUCCAUACUUUCGAGGGUGGUCGUACGAAAUCUUUCUCAGAGCCACCAAUUACUCGCUGUUGCAUUUGUAUACGGCACCUGGCGGCAUCUCCCGAUGUAUGAUACUUCGACAAAACUGUAUAUCUAUAUUGCCAUUGGUCUCUUGGGGCAGACUAUAUGUUUGGAAUUCGUGUUUAUUUUAUAUCGGAAUGGGCUAUUUUCAGGCAGCGGUGCUCCUCGAGCCUAUGUAUUAUUCACAGUUAUUGAAUCUGAGGGAGAACCUGCUAACACCCCAUAGAAUCACCGAGAACACUAAUCACUAUGAAACGGCCUUAUUAGUAAUAAGUGGCUUUAGAAUUGCGGCAUCGAUCCCCUAUCUUAAGAAAAUAAUCUAUAGGUAUAAUAUAUGUACCUCCGAUGUUCGCCGAUUGCAUUUAGUC